AUGACCUCCCCGGCCGUCACAUCAACACCCCGGGCCCCGUCCGUGAUUACACCCACCUUCAGCCAGAAAGACAUCUAUACGGCCCUGAUGGCCAAAUCCCUCGAUGUCGCGGAUACCACGGGCACCGGUACUGCUGCAGCCACAACACCAACAAGGAGCAAAGCGUCACCUUCGGCGUUUGAAUACCCACCGCCACCGCCGCCGUCUCCUGUGGAGUCACGGAGCCCUAAUGCAUUUUAA